UGGUAUGAAUGAAGAACCAACAUGCACCAGUUCUUUUGCUUCUUUAAUUCUUCUUGUUUCCCAUAUCCCCGCUUAGAUCGGAUCUUUCUCUUCCCUUUAUCAACAAAACCACUCAAAAACAAAAAAUAAAACAAUUUUUUAAAAAUGUAUAAACAAAAAAAUAUUUACUAGACAAGAACUUUUUCUCCCAUAAUUCAUCAAGAACCAAAAAAAAAAAAAAAAAAAAGAUAACAAUAUUUUCUUGAAAAAAAAAAUUCUUGAUGUUUUUGGCCAUUUUAUGGCAUAAAUAUUUACCAGACAAAGCUUUUUCUCCCAUAUUUCAUCAGGAACACACACAAAAAAAAGGAUAGUAAUAUUUUCUUGAUUAAAAAAAAAAAGUAAUAUUCUUGAUGUUUUUGGCAAUUUUAUGGAAUGAAUAUUUAUCAUUUGUGAGGUUUUUGUGAUAAAAAUGGGGAAUGUAACAGCAGGUGUAGCAGCAAAGUUUGCAUUUUUUCCACCAGACCCACCAACAUAUGAAGUAAUUAAAGAAGAAGAUGGAAGGAUAUGUUUUAGUGGUAUAACAGCUGAUAAAAAUGUGAAUGUACAUUUGUUAGAGACAAAAGGUGGUAAUAAAAUUGUUGCAACAUUUUGGAAACAUCCAUCAGGGAGAUUUACAUUACUUUAUUCACAUGGAAAUGCUGCUGAUUUGGGACAAAUGAUUGAUCUUUUUGUUGAACUUAGAGCUCAUCUUCGUGUUAAUAUUAUGUGCUACGAUUACACGGGAUAUGGUGGAUCGUCGGGUAAGCCAUCUGAGUUCAACACGUACCACGACAUAGAAGCUGUCUAUAACUGUUUGAAGAGCGAAUACAGCAUUAAACAGGAGGAUAUCAUUCUGUACGGACAAUCUGUUGGCAGCGGGCCGACAUUACAUUUGGCAUCUCGCUUACAGAGGUUAAGAGCUAUUGUUCUUCAUAGUGCUAUACUUUCGGGAAUACGAGUUCUAUAUCCUGUCAAGAUGACAUUCUGGUUUGACAUUUUCAAAAAUAUAGACAAGAUACAAAAAGUCAGCUGCCCGGUUUUAGUGAUCCAUGGUACCAAAGACGAAGUUGUUGAUUUUUCACAUGGUAAGCGUUUGUGGGAACUUGCCAAAGAGAAAUAUGAUCCGUUAUGGGUCGAAGGUGGAGGACAUUGUAAUCUAGAGACAUUUCCCGAGUACAUCAAGCAUAUGCGCAAAUUCAUUAACGCAAUGGAGAAACACUCGUUUUCUAAACGAAACAAGGGACGGCUUUCUCAAGCCCCGAGUAUAGCUGAAUCCAAACACAACAGAUGCUUAAGAUUCGGAAAAAGACAAAAAUGAUUUGCUCUACCUAGUUUGCUAUGAAACGCUUGCACAGCACCAAGAAGAAAAAAAGUCCGCGCUUAUUGCAACAAAGAUAACUGAUUCAAGAAACUGGCUGUUCUGUCACCAACACCAGAUCGAGCUGCAGAUUCGGCCAGUUCAUUACAGAUCGCUGCUCCAACGUGAUUAGUUUAUGUGUCGGGACAAGAAUAGUCGACUUGUCUGUUAAUGUAACAGUGUGUAUUAUCCCAGAAAAAGAUCAUGGUUAGAACUUUGAUUCAACUCGCUUUGUACACUAGGAUUCUCAGUGUUUUGGCAAUAGAAAUGCAAAUUUAUUUGCUGUA